UCGUCAGUCACUCGCGAUAUUCGAACGAGAUUGCACGGGUAGUAGACAUUUCAUUAAUGACAAUAGGUAUCUUAAAGUUUAUUAAUAGUGAGUGAACGAAAACAUUGCUUGAAACACGUGAUUGGAAAAGUGACAAACUGAAUGGUUUUGAUUUAUUGAUAAAAAUAAAUAGGUUGCUAUUAACGAAGUUACUGGAAGGCUGAACGAGGACAGAGAGUUCGCGACGACAUGGGGGCAAAGUCCCGGGAGUUAAUACUGCUCCUGGCAGUGUGUGCGCUUGCAUUCUGCGAGUCCGUCAACAAAACUGUGAAGAAAGAAAGCAAGGACUCUGACAACUUCAACAUCCAAUACGAUGAUGAUUAUGACACAGACGAUCAAGAAGUCCUUUUCAAUGAAGACAAGCCAUGUCCCAGAGAUUGUUUAUGCGCUGUCUCACAAGGAUACCGCAUGGCUAAAUGCAAUCGACUAGAGCUUAAUACACAGAAGUUUGGUGACGACAUAACAGACCUAGUAAUUGAAAACUCCGAAAUUCCCGUCCAACUAGAUGACUUUAUUUUCAAAAAGCUAGGUCUUGACAAAGUUGCAACUAUUAAGAUUGUAAACAGUACUAUCACCUCUGUCGGAUCAAAUGCCUUCCACGGCCUUCAUGAACUUUACGCUGUGAACUUGUCUAACAACAAACUAAAAAAUUUACAUCCAGAAACAUUCGCUAGCAACAAAAAAUUACUUCUGUUAACUCUUUCAAACAACCCACUGAAAUUCCCUGCACCUGGAUCACAACAAUACUUCCUCAAUGCUUCAUCGGUACAAGAACUUGAUAUUUCAUAUUGUAAUAUGCAAUACAUCGCUGCCAAUACCAUCAAAAAUAUGCCCGGCCUAAUGUAUUUGAAUUUAGCCGGAAACAAUUUAUCUGAGAUGGAAGCUGAUACGUUUAAAACUCUUCUUGAUUUAGAAGAAAUAGACUUAAGCGACAACCACAUCAAAACUUUACCUGAUGACAUUUUCUCAGAAAAUACUGAGCUUGCUACGCUACAUAUUCAAAGAAAUCCCAUUGAUACCGUAUACGGACUUCAAAUUUCAGACCUUCUUACUUUGAAUGCAGGACAAACAAACAUCAAAUUCGUUGGACCGUCUAUGUUUAAUGGAAUGACUUAUGUAGCUAAUCUUAAUCUGAGCGGUAAUAGUAUUGAGAAAAUUCAUAACCAGGCCUUCCACAAAUUGGUUGAACUAAACUACUUAGACUUAUCAUACAAUGAUUUAGACUUUAUUUCAAGCGCUCUUAUUAAGGAAAAUAUUGAAUUGGAUAUCUUCAAAAUCUCUAACAACCCAAGACUGAAGCAUUUACCUGAGGAAGGAUUCAAUUGCUCCGCUGAACAGUUUAACAUUUAUUUGUUUGAUGCCUCCAACUGCGGACUUGAAGAAAUUUACGAUGAUUCUCUCAAAACUUUUACAGCCUUAUCACAAAUUAACUUAUCUGGAAACCGACUUAAAUCCAUAAAUAAACACGUAUUUUCAAGAAGUCCUAAACUAAUCGAAAUCAAUUUGUCAUAUAAUAUGUUAACAACAUUAGAAGCUCAAGUUUUUGCGAAUAACAAAGAUCUUGGAAAAUUGUACCUGCAAGGAAAUCCGUUGACAGUUUUGUCUGCUGAAGUGUUUGUAAACACGCCCCUACUCUCCUUGUUAGAUAUGAGUCAUGGAGAUUUAACAGCUCUAUGGACAGUAGAAAAGAACCAACCAGCUUCACUCCUUAAUAAUCUUAGUUUCCUUAACGUUUCGCAUAACCGGAUUACAGAAAUAAAGCAAACAGAAUUAGAUACCCUUAACAAACUACGAUCACUCGAUAUUAGCAAUAAUCCAUUGACAUGCAGCCGCGAGUUUGAAAAUCUUAUUACAUGGUUAAGUAAGCGCAAAGUAUCAUCUAACGUCAACUCUGCACUAAUUGCAAACCUUGGUAAAGAUGCGAAGGAGGACGAGAGCGCGUAUAGUUGGGAACUCCUUUCGCAGAAAAUAUGCGGUACUGCUGUGAGGCAUCCGAUUGAACCGCUUCCACCUGUAUCUGACGAGGAAAUAUGGGAAAGAAUCGACAAAGACGCAGAAGGCAACUUCGAUUUGAAGGAUACGCUUGAUGACGGUAAAAUAGCUGACGAUACAAAGAUUACCAAGGAGAAUGGAAAUAAUAAAGAUUAUGAUGAUGAGACAGCUGAUGACCUCGAUGACGCCGAUGACGAAGAUGAUGAUGAGGAAGAAGACAAAGAUGAGUCGGGCGAAGAAUAUGAUGAAAACGAUGAUAACGUAGAUCUCAAAGUCAAACUUAUCGAAAAACCAUCAAAGAAUUCUUUGGAUCCCAAACCGACAGCAACUACGCCAAAGGAAAAGGUCAAGAUUAACAUCAAGCUAUUAGAAAACGAUCACAUGUACGAUGAUCUCGAGCCCGAAGUGUAUGUGCAAGCACAGGAGGCGGGUGCUGAGCACGGCCACUACGAUUACCUGUGGCCCAUGUUGAUUGCUAUCUUGGGAGCACUUUUACUUCUAAUUAUUAUCGCUAAAGUUAUGAUGGUAGUAUGCAGUAGGAGGAACAAGCAAGUGAGAUACAACAGUGCCAUAAUAGCUGCCAUGAGCCAGUCCGGUCGCACAAAGAAGGACUGUGGACUAGUGUACCAACAGCUUUCGGAGGACUUGACGAGUCCUGCCACACCCAAACUUAACCGCUACGCGCCUCUGCAUACCGUCACCGUGAAGGCAUCUAACAUGUCUUACGAAAGCAGCCCCUUCCACCACAGCAACAUCGUGCCGGAGGCGGUGUGAGUUAUGCAGUAAAAAUUAAUAUCAUUGUAAACUCAAUAAAAUUAACAACUGCGUUAACGUUUAUAGAAGCAGUAAGUGAUAGAUAUAAGCGCUAGUCAAUGCUACCUACAUAUCGUAACAAAUUGAGCAUGAAGUGCCUUGCUAUUCGCAAACAAUUACCGAACAAUGACGCGUCCCAUUCCUUUAAACCUAGCGCUUGUUUUAUGAUUAUAGAGAAGAAAGUAACAAAUGGAAGUCAAAUUACAACAAAUUAAUGUAAGAUAUACAUAAUUAUAUAUUAUACAAAUUA